CCAAACUUGACGCUUCGGAGCUUUCGACUACACAGCAUUGCCUGCACUGAUGUCUUCCAGCUCUGCAUCUGCAGGGCCUUCGGGCCCAAUAGGAUCACGCUCGUCACUCAAUUCCGAGCAGCGCCACGCACAGAAAGUUAGGUUUCGAGCCAUGUCCUUUCCGCGCAAACGAGCCGUCACCGCUUGUGAAAGCUGCAGGGUCAGGAAGACGAAGUGUGACAAUGAGCGUCCACAGUGCUCGUCGUGUGUCAAGCACACGCUGCCUUGCUCAUAUGAUCCCCGCCUUGAUCACUCAUCCUUCGAUCCCGCGAGCUUGUUGAUCUUGGAGAAGCUGAACGAGAUGAAGCUGAUGCUUGGUGACCUCGGUGGCGCAGUGGGCCCUCAGCCGGCCUCAGCAGAGCAAACAUUCACAGAGCCUACACCUGGAAGCUCCCAAACUCCUAGCCAAGAGGCGGAGUAUGAUCAGCAGUGCUCAAUCGAUUGCUCCUUGGAAGUACCGACAGCAUUCGCGUCUGCGGAUUGCCUUCUUACAUGGCCAAUUUUUGCUGGACGAUGGCCACGCGACAUGUUUUCACGAGAGCUUCUCGCCGGAAGCUUUCAGUCCGCCCAGCCUGACAAUGAUGAGCUCGCUCUUCCGAGGAGUAGGCACCAGAAGCCGGGCAUUCGCGAAGAAGAUGUCCCUGAACUCGUCGAUCGGUUCCUACAAUUCGUCCACUCCAAAAACCCCAUAUUCCAUAUCCGGCAGGUCCGCGACUAUGCUAGAAUGAUUGCAGAGGAUGGAUUUGGCUGGGAUGCCCCGUCUUGUAUGGUGCUACUGGCUUGUGCGCUUGGAGCGAUUGCGCUCCCAUUUGAUCCAACCUGCGAGGCGGGUCAACUUCACGAUCGAACCUCAAUCGAAGAAACGGCCGAUCGCCGACCGACGGCCGAGGUUUAUUUCCAAGCAGCUCGCAAGAGGCUGGGGUUGCUCGAAGGCAGUAUCAUGGCAAGUCAAUGUCACCUGCUCUCCGGCAUCUACCUGAUGUAUACUGUCCGACCAAUACAAGCCUGGUCCGCAUUUCAUCAAGCAGGUUCGGCUUACUCACUGUAUCUCAAGGGACAAGCUGCCUUGGACGCCCAGAUCGACAGCACACACCGAGUCCCAGGACCAUCCGAGAGACGCCUGGAGCAGCGACUCUACUGGACCGUCUUGAAGUCAGAAUGCGAGCUCAGAACAGAGUUGGAUUUCCCCCAGUCCGACCUCUGCAAAUUGGGAUAUCCCUAUCUAUUUCCCUCACCCCCAAGUCCCGGCAGUCCAGUGCAGAGUCCCCAGGAUUCUCUUCACACCCCAACCGCAGCCUCUGUAACCACCUCCUCCUCACAAACAUAUUUGACUCCUACUUCAUCCUACCAGAAAACAGAAGAACAGUCUUGGCUCUACUAUCUAAGCGAGAUCGCCCUCCGUCGAAUAGAGAAUCGUGUCCUCAACGCAUUCUACAAAGAAGAGCACUACUCUUGGACACGAAUGGAUAUUGAACCCAUGGUAUCCGCCGCUACAAGUAUUGAACAUCAGUUGGCCAUUUGGUAUUCUUCCAUGCCCGACGCGAUCCGCUUCGACAACCUCGCUCCCGACCAAGUAUUAGAUGAGCUACGCAUUAUGACUCAAGGACGCUACUGGGGUAUCAGAACCCUGCUGUACCGGCCAUUUCUUUACCACGCCAUUCAUUCUACUCGGAGAACAAGUAGCAACACAAGGGCUGUUUUAGAAGGGUUGGUGCAAAAGGCACUUGAUGUAUGUCUUGAGUUCAAUGAUGGCUGUGGGAUGACACAUCGCCAUCAUGGGACGUGGUUUGGCGCCAGGGGGAGUACGGCAACGGGCUUGGUGCUCCUUGCGGCAAAUAUCAGAGGUCUGAUAAUCUGGACGUCACCUUUAUGCGAUACUGAGGAGGCGCAAGAGAAUGCAUACGGCCGCGCUUUUCGGGUCUGUAUAGAAAGGCUUCGAUACUGGGAGGCAGAGAGUCCAGAUAUCAUGCGAGCACGCGAAAUCUUGCAAGAGCAAUUCAGCUUAGCAAGCUAGUGCGAAGAAACCGGAUGUGGCCUGCUGAAGAGCGCAAAUAUUCUGGGUGGCGCACUACGUAGGUGCGAAGGUCUUUA